UCAUUACUCGUAAUCCAAAUAUAGAAUUCAUGGAAAUUUAACUUCCGCGUUCCAAAGUGAUCUAAUGUUUUGUAGCAACGACAUGUAAAACAUUCGAGGGAUAACAUUAAGAUCUGGAACAAGAUAUUAUGUCUUACAUGAACAUUUUAUUUCGUUAAAUCAGUUAUAAACCGUGAUUUGUUUCAUUGAAAUAUCUAAGUUUCUGCUGUAAUACAGUGUCGUUGUGUAUUGACCUCGAGAUUAAUUUCUCAAAUAGGGAUAAUAUAAUCGUUACACAAAAUGGCGGAGAGUGGAAGUAAAAUAGAAGAGGAUGAUGAAGUUCCUGGUCGUGUGAAGGAACAUUUGUGUCAACCAUGUUUAAGUAAGGAUAAGCAAACUGUAGCUGACAAGUUUUGUUCAACUUGUAAUGAAUUCCAAUGUAAUGAUUGUUCAAAUGUACACAACGUGCUCGCCAUCUUGAAAAAUCAUAAAUUGGUGGGCGUGAAAGAAGCUGAUGUUGCAAGUAUUUCGUUUGAAACAAAGGCAUUAGAUUUAUGUGAUGAACAUCAACGUUCUUUAGAAUUUUUCUGUGAAGAUGAAAAGAAGCUUUGCUGCAGUAAGUGUGCCAUUGUUAAUCAUCGAAAAUGUCACAGCGUUGUAGAAAUUGAGAAGAUUGCCGAAAAAAUAACCUCACCAAUUUCUACAUUAGGGGAGAAAUUGAAGGAAGCUAAGGAAGCUGCUGAGAGCGUUGCGAGACAGAUUUGCUCUUCAAAAGAUCAACUUGCUCAAGAUAUAAAAGAAAUACAAGUAAAAAUUAGACAAAUGCGAGACGAAGUUAUGAAUAUGUUUGUCGAUCUAGAAGAUUCCGUUAACAAAAGAGCUGAAAUUAUGCAGAAAGAAACAUUACGAUAUCUGACAAAGAAGCAAACACAAAACGAGAAACAUUUGGCUGAUGUAACAAAGUGCUUAGAGACGAUUGAAAAUAUUUUCAAAAAUGGAACUCCAGUACAGAAAUAUAUAGCAGAACGGAAAAUGGAGAGUAAAGUCAAUGCUCUCUGCAGAAACAUCAAGGAGGAAUGUCAGAGAUUAGAGAAUGUGAACAUUUCUUUUCAAUUUGACGACACAAUAAAGCUGCCGCCAUUACCUGUAAAUGAAUAUGUUCCAGGACAAUUACAAUUCAAGUUUCAUCACCAGGGAGAGGUUAAUUCUGUUAACAUGAUGAUGAAAUUAACACCAGUUUCUGCUAUUAUUUUGAAGAAGUCAGAAAAUGACACAGAUUUACCGUUAUAUACAGGUAUAGAUUUUCUACCUGAUGGUAGACUGGUGGCUGUUGAUAACACGAACAAGAAAUGUUUAGUGUACAAUGAUAAGCUUGAGAAAGAAGGAUCAUAUCAGCUGUCUUACAUACCAUUAUCUGUUGUUGUAGUAUCUGAGGAGGAAAUAGCGAUAACACAAGGUGUAGGAUACAAUAUAGAAUUUUUACACGUUAGUAAAUGUAAUGAAAUUACACCGAGAAGAACAUAUAAAGUGAACACAAUAUAUUACUGUAUAUGUUUGAAAGAUGAUAGACAUUUCGUUGUAGGGACUUGUGGUAAACCAAGACCUGUUCGUAUUGUAUCAUUGACAGGAGAGGAGAGUGAUUUUGGUGUUAACUUUCCAAACAAAUCAUAUCCUGUAGACACUAGCGAUAGUACUUACAUAAAGAGCAGUGACAAAGUGGUGAUAACAGAUAAAGUCGAGCAUACAGUCUAUAUAUAUGAUAUCAAGACAGACACAAGAGUCGUAGUGAAGGAUGAUCAGAUACAGGAACCAUGUGGUGUAGCAGUUGGUCCUUCUGAUACUAUCCUGGUGUGUAGCAGCAAAACAAAAACCGUUGUACAGAUAUCACAAAGAGGUCAGAUAUUGUCAUCAUACAAGAUAGAUAUGGACUAUUUAUAUAAAUUAUGUGUCUCACGUGAUAAAUCAUUUUUUGUUGUUACAAGUAACUGUGUUGAAAAUAGUAAAAUGCAGAAAUUCAAAAUAUCAACAUAACAGCACUAUUCUCUGUUUCACAUAAAAGAUUCACGCGCACGCGCACGCACACACAAAGUUAUUAAAGAAUGAAACAAGAAUGUAUGAUGAUAUAUGAUGGAUGGAUCAUUGAAUUAUACUUAACUUCGACAGACUUAACUUUUCGUGUACAGACUCAAACCGAGUCUGCCAUUUUCGUGUAAUACUAUUGUGAUUAGUGUUACCUUACCAAAGGAUCACUUUUUCUCCAUUUUUUUUAUUUAGCAUUGCUUAUAUGUAAAGUAGUUGCGUUCUGUACCAUAGUUAUCUUAUGUUUUUAAUCAUCACAUAAUGUUGACUGUAUAUUGAUACAUUUGAUUGUGAAUAUGAA